GUUUACUUCAUGUGGCGCGUCGCGCCGCUCCAGCGUCAGUCGACUUUCGUACAUGAAAGGGGAACUAUCGCUGCGGCGACUUGACUCGCCGAACUUUCACCUCCCGCGGCGAUAUCGUUAUUUGUGAUAAAUACACCACAUUGAGUGAAAUUGAAUGUGCGCGUUCUUAGAAACGGUUUCUGCUACGGCACGCGGACGAAGCGCCGCCGGCGACGUCGAUUUCUACAAAAUAAUUUCUCCAGUGCGCUCGGCUUCUACGAAACUGCUUAUAAAGAGUUUACCGAGAAGCGCAACGGCAGUAAAGUGGUUUUGAGGAAAUAUUAGUAAUUAUAAGUGGAACUGUGUGUUUCCGUGUUUUGUUGUUACCUACGGCUUUUACAUUGGAUCCCAAUCACCCCACCGCUCCUCCAAUGGUGGUCAAACUACCAGAUGCAUGUGUGGAAGUGGGAGUGCCUCUCAAUAGCUGGUCCAGCGGCGUCGCUUGCUGCCCGAACUGCAGGCAUGAACUCCGAGUGUCCCUGACACCGUGCAGCGGGAAGGCACAUGCCCAGCCACAGACACCUGUCACCCCACCCUUCACAAUACACCCUCCUUACUUGCCACAAUCUCCAUUAUAUACCACCCCAUCCUCACCUUUCAUCCCUUCACCAUACAAUGACGAGCUGAGACGGCUAGCAGACACUCUGAGAGCAUUAAGGCUCUCAGGGUGGUAUUAUGGAAAUUUAGAUUGGCAGGGUGCUCGAACCUUAUUAAAGGAUGCCAGCGUUGGUGCUUUCGUUAUAAGAGACUCUGGCGACAGGAAUUUCAUAUUCUCACUAUCAGUACAAACAGAAAGAGGUCCCACUUCUGUGAGAUUACACUUUGAAGAGGGAUUUUUUAGAUUAGACUGCGACAGACCACUAGCGAGGUAUAUGCCGAGGUUUCGAUGUGUAGUGGAACUAGUGCAACAUUAUACUCGUGUGGGAGAUCGAGGGGCUGCGGGCACAGUGUGGGUAGACAGAGAAGGAUGUACACAUUCUCCCGUCCUACUCAAAACACCAUUAAGGAAGAGUCCCCCAUCUUUACUCCAUACAGCCAGACUUGCGGUACACAAAGCAUUGUCUAACCCUUUAAGGCCUAAAAUAUGGUGUGCACCAAAACACAGGCUGCUGCCUCUACCCUCCACUGUCAUAGACUAUCUCGGGGAAUAUCCAUACUCAGUUUAAUAUUUGGAUCUGUUUAGUUUUACUUGCAUACCUCUUGUCUGUUGGAGUUAUAACCUCAAAUCAGUUAACACUAAAAUCAUAAUAUUUAAUCUAUCUUGGGAAUUAUGGUAUAAAACUGCCCGAUAACGCAUUUAUAAAAUAUUCUGCCUAACCAGUUAUAAAAAACUUUGUCCUCUAAUGGUUUAAUUACAUCACUUUCAAUAUGCAAGGGAAUUAGUUCAAUAUUUUUCUGCAAUAUGGCUUAGUUUUUUUUAUACCUGGUUGGCAAUUAGAAAAUAAUGUAAAGGUUUAAAAAAAGUUAAUUAUAAUCCCAAGAGAGUGUCAAAUAGUUGGUACAAAUGUAUGUGUCAUGACGUCAUAAGGCCGGCUCCUUUACCAUAAACGUAAACUUUUAGUAAAUUAAAAUUUCUGUAUUAAUUAGUAUUGAAUAAUGGGACUCAAAUAUGGUAUUUAGUGAAAAUGUUUAUUGCGACUUUGUUAAUUUCUGUAUAUAAGUGAUGUUAUGCAAGACUGAAUUCCAAGAGCCGCUAUGUACAUUGUUUUACAAUUUGUUAGUGCAUUUGUAAAGUAAAUGGUGACCACCGCCAAAUAUGGUUUAGUUAAUUGUUACUAAUGCCUAAUCUUGUCCAUAAUAUUAAGAAAACAUCACAUGUAAAGAUAUAUUUUAUUUAUUUAUUUUCUUACUAAUACUUAAGCUUGCUACAGACUUUCAAUUCAGACAAUUUUAACUACAAAUUCAAAAUGUUCAGUUAAAAAUCUGUAGGCAAAAUUUUAACUAUCACUAGAACUGUACAGUUUGAAUAUACACAUGCACAAUUUCAACUGAUCAGUUUGUAUCUUCAGUUAAAAUUGUCAGAACUUGUUUUGGACUGUAAGUUAAUCACUGAAUGGUUCAUUUAUCAUAAAAUUUUGUUCCUAUCUAAUUUCUAAUUAAGUUAGUAAUAAUUGAAUAAUCAAUAUAUGCAACAAACGGCAAGAAUCUUACAGUCAAAAUAUUUUCACACAUACAAAUAUAGUUUUGUGCCAUCAUAGACAAAAAACAUCCUUCUACAAAUAUAUUUUAUGCAAUGGUAAUUUUGAGGCUGAAAAUGUAAAUAAUUCUUGUUUUUGUUUUAUUAUUUAUUUUUAAUUAUAAUGAAAAUAGCUGAAUUUAUUUGUAAAAUUCAAAAUACUUAGUGACAAACUUCACGACCAUGUAAUGGUUUUUUUUUCGGUUAAGGUAGAAAUUUAGAUAAGGUAUUGGCUAGUGAUGUUAACUAACGUAGAAAUAAAAAAUGUACCUUAAAUAAUCUCAAUUAGUAUAUUACUAGGUUUCACAAUAAUAUAUUUUCUAUUUUAAUAGCCAAAUUCACUUAACAUUAUAACUAGAAAUGGUGGGACAUUGUACUAUAUGAUUUAUAACACGGCUAAAACUCACAUGGGAACUUUGGGGCUAGGGCACGCAGUGACCGUCGCGACGCGAUAGCAAAUAAAGCCGGCAUCCACUAACCCUGAAGAAGGACCCCCUACGGGUUUGACACUGGUCGGUGCCUACAUCCAAAGUUCCCACGUGAGUUUUAGCCGUGUUAUAAAUCAUAUAAAAACUGUGGGGACUGAAGUUGUAUCAUAAAGUAAAUUAAGAAUGUAAAUUUUAUUCUUUAAUGGCAAUAAACGUCGAGUGAUGCUAGAUUACUUGACUAAUUUAUUUUUUUACCAUUCAAUGAUAAAGCACCAGUUGAAUAAGUGUGACAUAAUAGAAAACUUGUAGAAAUAACAUAUUAAAAAGAACUGCAAAUAAUUUAUACACAAAAAAAGGAAAUAUACAUUAUGCCUAUAAA